AUGGGUUCAUCGGACUACCUCCCGUUACGACUGAAGGACGUCGCUCGAGAGAACAUGUCCGUAUACGAUCUAGUAUCGAAACCCAGCGCAAUAUGGCCUAUAUUCCCUCAAGCGGCCGAUCGGAUACCCUUCACGAAGGACAGAUUCAAUUCUGAGUUCCUCCCCAUCCUACUUAUGUGGUACAUUCUUGGCGUGCUGGUCCAAUUGCCCAAUACACGCAGGCUGCGGAUUGCCAUCUUGCCAUUGAUGGGCGUAAUGGCAUGGCGAGCGGGUACGCUCUACGACUACGAUCCUUCUCCAGAACCGGGGAAUAACUGGAUAUCAUACUCUGUCUGCUGGUUCCUCUCCUUCGUCAUGCUCCGUGCAACCGACUUCGCCGUGUCAAAGCAGUUCAAGCGCAUUCGAUGGUCCAUCCUGCCGGAAGACGCGUCGAAGGAAUACACGGUCCAAUUACUGGGGGCCAUGUGGAAUGCUCUCGACCUGAUCUGGAACGCGCGUGGCGUCGGGUGGGAUUGGGGUAAGAACAUCCAUGUCCCACCCAAGGACGGCGGAGACAGUUCGCCCGGAUCUGCGACGUCUGCCAGUGGUCAUCUGGAAAGCUUUGUCAAAGUGCAGAUCUUCUUCGACUUUGUGCUCUUUGCACAGCAGUCUUGGACGCUGUACCCAUCCGACACCCUACCAACACUCCCUGCAGGCGGAACGAUCUUCGACCCCACGCUCUCUCCGGUGCUGCACUACGGGAAGGUCGUUAUGAUGACAUUCCUCUGCCCGUUAGGUCUCUGCUGCUCGUUCCAGGCGACAUACAACGCCGUCGCCGCCUUCUCCAUCGCCAUCCUGCGUCAAAAGCCCGAACAGUGGCCACCUCUUUUCCAUGCGCCCUGGCGCGCAGAAAGUCUCGCAGACUUCUGGGGAACGCGCUGGCAUCAGGUCUUCAAGCGUGCCUUCAUUACAUGUGGGGCAAAGCCAGGUUUCAAGAUCGCUGGCCGCGCCGGAGGCGUAAUCGGGGCGUUCUUCGUGUCCGGCCUUAUGCAUGACUUCGGUACUUGGGGCGCAGGCAUGGGAACCGAUUUAGGCGCCAUCACGUUCUUCUUCACCAUGAUGGGCGUCGGCAUUGCGAUGGAGGUGUUGUUCACGCAGAGCACGAAGAUCAAGGUCCGCGGACCGGUUGGAUGGGCAUGGGCAAUGGUCUGGAUGUUCUUCUGGGGCAGCCUCAUCGUCGACGCGUGGGCGCGCCGCGGACUCAUUAUCAGCAAGAUGAGCCCGGAUGAGUAUCGCCCGGCACUUUAUUGGGCAAAGGUCGUGCAAAAGUGGAUCUCCCUCCACGGGGAGCCCCUCGCCCAGUGA